GUCUGGACCAGGGACUCAUAAAUUUUCUUUCUAGCUUCAUCUUCUUCUACCCUACUUCCACAAACCAUCCCAGAGACAGAAAUUUGCAGAGAGCAAAAUGGCAUAUUCAGAAAUGGAAAACGAGAACGGUUCGUCGAACUCAAAGCCAACGAGGGACACCAAGGGAAAGAUCAUCACUUGCAAAGCUGCGGUGGCUUAUGGUCCCGGAGAGCCCUUCGUGGUGGAGGAAAUUCUUGUUCAUCCUCCUCAGAAAUUUGAGGUUCGAGUCAAAAUUCUUUACACUUCAAUUUGCCACACCGAUCUCAGCGCAUGGCGAGGCGAGAACGAGUCUCAGCGCGCCUACCCUCGUAUCUUAGGCCACGAAGCAUCCGGAAUCGUGGAUAGUGUGGGGGAAGGGGUGAGUGAGGUGGAGGAAGGGGACACAGUGGUGCCAAUAUUCAACGGUGAGUGUGGAGAGUGUUGUUAUUGCAAGUGUGAGAAGAGUAACAAGUGUGAGAGGUAUGGGGUGAACCCCAUGAAGAAGGUGAUGGAAGGAGAUGGCAGAAGCAGAUUCUCAACAGUUGAUGGAAAACCCAUCUUCCAUUUCUUGAACACUUCCACAUUCUCGGAGUACACGGUGGUCGAUUCCGCCUGCGUCGUCAGCUUUCGUCACUCCGAUCACACUCUCACCACCAAAAACCUCACCUUGCUCAGCUGUGGCGUCUCCACAGGUGUUGGAGCUGCUUGGAAUAUUGCCAAUGUGCAUUCUGGUUCAUCAGUCGCUGUUUUUGGUCUUGGAGCUGUUGGGUUAGCUGUUGCAGAAGGGGCACGAGGCAGAGGUGCUUCCAGAAUAAUAGGUGUCGACAUCAACCCUGAUAAAUUCAUCAAAGCCAAAGCAAUGGGAGUCACUGAUUUCAUAAACCCAAAGGAUGAAGAGAAGCCAUUAUACGAGAGAAUAAGAAAAAUGACUGAUGGAGGUGUAGACUACAGUUUUGAAUGUACUGGAAACGUGGAUGUUCUAAGGGAUGCAUUUUUGUCUGCUCAUGCGGGUUGGGGAUUGACUGUGAUAUUGGGAAUUCAUGCAUCACCAAGCUUGCUUCCUAUCCACCCGAUGGAGCUCUUUGCUGGCCGCAGUAUCAUUGGAUCGGUAUUUGGAGGUUUCAAAGGGAAAAGUCAGUUGCCUCAUUUUGCCACACAAUGUGGAAAUGGAGUUGUGAAGUUGGAUAAUUUCAUCACUCACGAGCUACCCAUUGAGGAGAUAGACAAAGCCUUCGAUCUUUUGAUCACAGGGAAAUCACUGAGAUGUCUUCUGCAUUUCUAAGCAAAGAUGCCCUUUAGCAAUGGCCGUGAGAAAUAUUAUUCAUCUGAAUUUGUUCAAUAAGAGCAUAUUUAACUACGAAUGUGUAAGGUCUUAGGCCUUUGAGCAGUGUACUAGAGACAAUAAAGAGAAUAAAUGUAUGUGUACUCAA